GGCCAGGAAAGAAGCAUGAAGUGGCUUGUGCUCCUCGGGCUGGUGGCCCUCUCAGAGUGCAUAGUCAUAAUGCCUCUAACUAAAACAAAGACCAUGCGAGAAAUCCUGAGGGAAAAAAACUUGCUGAACAAUUUCCUGGAGGAACAAGCCAAUAGACUGUCCGAUGAUUCUGCUAGUGACCCCAAAUUAUCUAUUCACCCUCUGAGGAACGCCCUGGACAUGGCCUACGUGGGUAACAUCACCAUUGGAACACCCCCUAAGGAGUUCCGGGUAGUCUUUGACACAGGCUCAUCUGACUUGUGGGUGCCCUCCAUCAAGUGCAUCAGUCCUGCCUGUCAUACACAUAUUACCUUCGACCAUCAUAAAUCUUCCACCUUCCGGCUUACGCGCAGGCCCUUCCGCAUCCUCUACGGAUCUGGGUUGAUGACCGGAGUUCUCGUCUAUGACACUGUUCGGAUUGGGAACCUUGUUAGCACUGACCAGCCGUUUGGCCUAAGCCUGCAGGAAUCCGGGUUUGAUAAUGUACCCUUUGAUGGCAUCCUGGGCUUGUCUUACCCCAGCCUCGCCGUCCCAGGAACCAUUCCCAUCUUUGACAAGCUGCAGCAACAAGGUUCCAUUUCUGAGCCUGUCUUUGCCUUCUACUUGAGCACUCACAAAGAGAAUGGCAGUGUGGUGAUGUUUGGUGGGGUGGACCACUCCUACUACAAGGGAAAGCUCAACUGGAUACCAGUGUCCCGAACCAAAAGCUGGCUAAUAACCGUGGACCGCAUCUCCAUGAAUGGGAGAGUGAUAGGUUGUGAAAACGGCUGCGAGGCUCUUGUGGACACUGGGACGUCACUGAUCAAUGGUCCAGCAGAACUGGUCACCAACAUCCAGAGGCUCAUCCACGCCACGCCCUAUGGUUCUGAGUACGUGGUUUCAUGUCCUGUUAUCAGUACCCUGCCUCCUGUCAUCUUCACCAUCAACGGCAUCGAUUACUCAGUGCCUGCUGAAGCCUACAUCCAUAAGGUUUCCAAUAGCUUAUGCCUUAGCAGCUUUUAUGGGGUUGACACAUCCAGCUGGAUCCUGGGUGACGUCUUCCUGAGGCUGUAUUUCUCAGUUUACGACCGAGGAAAUAACAGAAUUGGCCUGGCUCCUGCUGUGUAAAUGCUUGGACUUAUUCAGGAAUCAUUCGGGCCACUCCUAACACACACUUACUCACACUUAGGGCACUCCUGCCCAGGAUGCUGGUAAACUGUGUUUGGUGCUCUGCAAAUCAUAUUCUCACUAAAGAAUAAAAGGUUUCACUCUU